AUGGCCGUGCUGGUCGGAGGCCGAGACAGCGUGGUGUCCAUAUCGGUGGCUGAGUCGAUAAAAAUGUUGGCUUUUUCCGUGGUCUGGGGUUCGUGGAUCGUCGUCAAGAACGCGGCCGUUCGGGCUGUUACCCCGCUCUGGUCGAACGGCGGUGGCCACGAGAACGACGUCGAUGGCGACGACAGAGAGUCUGGCGCCGGGGCCGCUGACGACGACACAGUCGCCACUGCUACCACCGUCGCCACUGCCGGUGGUAAUAAGGCCGCCCGCCGGACGCACAGGGACCGUCCGCCGCCGUGCCUGUCCACCACGGUUUACGGUACCCACUCGUACGUCAAAGUCAAGGGUGUUAAAUUUCAUUACGUUGAAUGUGGCGACCCCAAAGGCAUGAUUGUUAUUUUGCUACACGGAUUUCCAUCAUGUUGGAUUAGUUGGCAUCAUCAAAUUCCCACCUUGUCAAAACAUUUUCGUGUAAUUGCUGUAGACCUUAAAGGUUUUGGUGACUCUGAUAAACCGUCAGCACGCAAAAGUUAUCGAGUUGAAAAUCUGAUCAACGAGCUAGCCGUGUUUUUGUCAAUGCUAGGAGUGGAUGACCAAAAUAAAUGUCAUGUGAUCGGCCACGACUUGGGUGCUCUAUUGGGCUGGUAUCUGGUACAUCUGUGGCCCAACUGUGUGUCAAAAUUUGUAGCCAUUUCAUGUCCACAUCCAAAUGUUCACUGGGAGUACUUACCUCCGUCAAGUUUUUUCAACAAAAAUUGGAUUUGCUUCAGUCAACUUCCUUAUUUACCCGAAAUGGACGCUUUGCAAAGUGAUCUAAAAAUAAUCAACCAAUGUUAUCAACACCUAUCCAAGAACAAGGAAAGCGAUGACUCAUCUUACAUCGACGCAUAUAAAUAUACAUUUUCAAGAACAGAGGAUUGGACGGGUGCUAUCAAUUAUUUUAGAAACUUACCAUUCUACAGAAUCGAACCACGGAGUAAUAAUGAUUCUUUAAAUAAAGAAGAAGACAUGCUCCAAGUUCCGAGUUUACUCAUCACCGGUAGUAAAGAUGUUAGUGUGCAAAUAGAGAGUUUUAUCAAAUCCACAGAGUUUCUAAAAACAUCUACUGUAAGAAUAAUUGAUAAUGCAUCUCACUUUCCCCACCAAGAGCAACCUAAAGUAGUCAAUGAUUUAUUGACAUCAUAUUUAGUUCGUGUAAAAGUAGUUCAAAAAGAGCUUCCACCACGGCAGAACUCUAGUGGUAUAGUUGGAAGAAUGAAAGAUAUCGUUUCAUCUACCGUUCAGUAUGGAAAUACGUUGAAAGAUUCAGUGCAGAAGAGAAACAUUUUACCAAUUACGGCCAUGACGUCAUCGUGUCAGAACUAA